AUGGCGGACGAGAUCGGUAACGGGGACACGUUGGCGUUGCCAGUGGGAAAGAAAGCAGGUCAGCACAAAACUAAAGUUACCUACUGUGCUCCGAGAUGUGACCGUAUAAAGAAACCCCACUUUUCUCCCAAUUAUUGCCUGUGUCUCAGGCUUACAGUUAAUUCUUUGAUCCGGCAGAACAGUCAUAUUUUUUCAGACACCCAGUGUAAAGUAUGCAGUGCAGAGCUAAUUUCAGAAUCUCAAAAGCUUGCACACUACCAGAGCAGGAAACAUGCAAAUAAAGUGCGCCGAUAUAUGACGAUACACCAGGGGGAGGAAUUUGUGUCUGCAAAAAAGUUUAAAGCUGCGCCUGCUGAGAGCAGCAAUGGAGAGGACAGAACUAAGUGCUGUUCCGUUUGCAACAUGACAUUCUCUUCCCCGGUUGUCGCUGAAUCCCAUUAUAGCGGAAAAACACACAUGAAAAAUUUAAGACUGAGGGAACAAGGUGGAGUUACAGAAGGUAUGCUCUACCAAGCAAAAAAACCUCUUGUAACACGCACCCCAACUGUAGCAACAAAAAGUGAUAAUGAGGUGGAUCAGUCGAAUCCUUCAAAGUUCUGUAAGCUCUGCCACGCCACAUUUAAUAAUCCCCUAAUGGCAGAACAGCAUUAUGUGGGAAAGAAGCAUAAGAAGCAGGAGACCAAAACACAGAUCAUGACUAUAUACACCAGCACUGGGCAGACACCAGCACAAGCUCCAAUUGCUCCAAAUGUAAACUCUCCCAUGCCAGGAUCAGUUGGGAAAGGUUUUUCAUGUGACACGUGUAAAAUUGUGCUGAAUUCAAUAGAGCAAUAUCAAGCCCAUGUCAGUGGAGCUAAACACAAGAACCAAUUAAUGUCCAUGACACCAUAUUCUCAGGAAGGUCCCCUGGCAGCUGGGGGCUCUUCAGCAGCUGGAGGCUCUUCAGCAUUUGCAGGCUCUUUAGCAGCUGGAGGCUCUUCAGCAUUUACAGGCUUAUCAGCAGCUGGAGGCUCUUCAGCAUUUACAGGCUUAUCAGCAGCUGGAGGCUCUUCGGCAGCUGGAGGCUCUUCGGCAGCUGGAGGCUCUUCGGCAUUUGCAGGUUUUUCAGCAGCUGGAGGCUCUUCGGCAUUUACGGGCUCUUCAGCAUUUACGGGCUCUUCAGCAUUUACGGGCUCUUCAGCAUUUACAGGCUCUUCAACAUAUGCAGGCCCUUCAGCAUAUGCAGGCCCUUCAGCAUUUACAGGCUCUUCAGCAUAUGCAGGCCCUUCAGCAUUUGCAGGCCGUCCAUCAGCAGGAGCAGCACUGUCAUCAGGGGGACCAUCAGUUAGAGGAUUUUCUGCAUCUGGAGGUCCAACACCUAAGAGCCUUUCAUCGUUUGGAGGUUUUCCACCCAUGGGGGGUUUAUUGCCACCUCCUUACCCUCCUCCACUCAGCAGUCGGCCAUAUGUCCAUGAAGAUAUGAUGGGUCAUGGUGGAUAUAAUUAUUUUAAUAAAAACUUUUAGAGUAGUCCAGUCUGUGUCUGUCAGAGCCAGGGCAUGGAAGCGAGUCAUGGAGAAUGGGAUGAGGGGGUUGCUUUGGCUUUGUCCUCCUCCUGCCCUUGUCCUACUGCAACGCAUGUCUAGAACAGGAGUCCAAUUCACUCAAAGCAGGACGUUUCUAACAUCCAGACUAGAUGUGGGCAAAUGUAGUAGUUUAUUCUGAAGUACAUUUUUCCAUAUGGUUGUUAAUCCUGCCUCGGCUUAAGGGUAGAGCAAAGGGUGUGUACAUGCGGUUUGCAUAUGUAUAUUUUAUACAGGCGAAUAUAAGUAACCAUUCUGGCUACUGCCUCUCUUUACUCUCUACCCGUGUAGUAAUUAAUUGAUGUCAUAAAGGUAAAACUAUCUUGGGUCUACCUGCAAUGCCGACACUGGCUAUGUACAAUCGCACCACAUUAUUUGGAUUUGUGAAAGACACAUGAAACUCCCCAGUCUUUGGAUUUGGAUUGGAACGAAACAAAGAAAAAUAUUUAUUUUGAGAAUACAGUAGCCAAUUGGCCAUUUAUAUACACAGUUCUGUUCUGGUUUCAUUCAUACUGCUUUAGGCAACCUACUAGAAAAGGCAUUUGCCUUGUUAAAUAAUGACUUUCUUUUGAUAAAGGUCCAGUAGGUGGCGCUACAAGUCCAAAAUGUCAGCAUACAUUAUUGAAAAUAGUCAUUUAUUUGGCUUGUUUUAUUUCCUAUUUUUGUUUUACAUUUGUACUGUUCAGUUUGUGAAGAAAUGCAUUGAUUUGGUUCUGUCAUAUUUCUAAUGUACUAAUCAUUUGUCAUAUUAUUUUAAAGUGUGUGUUUUAGUUUUUACAUAAGACAAUUUUAAAAUGCUUAAUAGCAGUUCUGAUCACCCUGUUUGUUUUUCGGUUAUUUUUUUCCUGACACUGAGGAUAAGCUUUGAUGCUAAUGGAUGUUUGGUUAUUAGGCAGUGUUUUUUAUAGGUAGGUUAACAUUUCACCGACCUAGCUGGUAAAAUUCCAGUCAACGCCGGGGCUGGUAUUAAAAAUGAACAACAAUGUAUUUGCUGGUAAAUUUGUAAUUAGCUCUUGCCCUGCCCCCACUCCAGAUUUUUAUACUUGUAUAGUGUCAGUGGCAGGGUUAUAAUCCUUCAAGCAAUAGUUUGAUUUCAUAACAAAUCAGCAGUUCAUUCCUUUUAUUUGAAAUAAUCUUAAUUGCUCCAGAGUUUAUGGAUAACGGAGGUAACAUAUUUCAUGCUAAGAGCAAUAGGGUCAUUUAAGUGCCAAUUGCCUGCUAUAAUUAAGAAGGAGAGAAUUCCCCGGUUUAGUAUGUCAGUGGAAAGCAACCCACAGCAAGUUUUGAAUUUAGGGUUGCUGUCAUUUGUAGGAAAUAAUACUGGCUGAUAUGUGAAGGUGGGUAAUAGUGGGGCCUGGUAGGUCGUGGGCAGAGGCUGGCUGUGAUGGGAUCGGAUAUUGAGGCAGGCCAGGGGCAACUGCAUUUAUAUAUUUAUAGGUUAUUUUUUUUUUUAAUGACUUCCUUUUUUUUCCUGGAAUAAUAAAACUGUAACUUGGUAACUACGCAUUCCAAAUAAUAUGUCCCAUACCUGCACUGGCCUUAGCUGCUGAAAUUAUGUCCAAAAGUUCACCCUAUUUGAACACAGUUUUACAUAGCAACAGUAAAAAUGCGAUUGUCCUACAAACUGUAUUUAGGUAACCCAUAUUAAUCUUGUGUAGUGUUCUGAAGAUGGACAUAUACAGCUCUGGGGCUCAUUUAUAACCACCGGGCAAAUUUGCACCUGGGCAGUAACUUCUAGCAACCAAUCAGUGAUUAGCAGGGUGAACACUGAAAGCAAAUAUCUGAUUGGCUGCAAUGGGUUAUUGCCCAGUGUUUAUAAAUGAGCCCCUGUUGGGCCCUACAAUUCUCCUUUCUCCCUCCUGAAUCACUUAAACACAUUGUGAAGCCGCUUUUUGUUUUGUUUCUCAUUGAGGUAGAAUGGUGACUGCAUCAGAAAGGAACGCUGGUCCUGUAACUCUGGUGCCUGCUUGCUAAACGGCACCCACCUGUUCCAUACAAGCAGCUGGGAUGCUUGUGGGGGGUUCAAUUGUUGUGAGACCAAAAAGGCAACAAUUGUUGUCCAUCUAAUGUCAUGUCCAUGUGCACCAUUACCUAGAUUAAGGAUAGAGGAAUAUUCGGCGUUCCUAUGCUAGUGGAGAAAACGCCAAUCUGCUCCAUGUUGUGUUUGCAUUGACAGGCACAUGUGGUGGGGUUCGGCAUGGAAGCACAAUAGUAUGAAUUUUUUUUUUUGAUGAAUUUUGAUUGGUCGAAUUUAGAGUUCAUGGAAGUUUUUAAAAACUCGCAUGAAUUUGAAAUUCGACCUUUGAUAAAUGUGCCUAUUAGUGGGCCACUAGUCUAUGGUUUCUAACUAUAGCAAAGCUUUAUCUUUUAAUGUUCCUUGUAUUGUUAAACUGCAACACCCACAGAGGUCACAGGACCUUUAAAGUCCGCCUAGUUCUGGGGAAGGCAAGAGUGGCCAAUGAUCUAUACCAUGAUGUCUAAUAUUUCCAUGUGCAUUUCGCCUGUACAAAAAAAGCCCUGUGUUAGCAACCAUUAAACAGAUGUUUCUUGUCAUAA